AUGCCUCAUUCGCUUUUCGUGUACGGCACGCUGAUGGCACCUGAAGUAGUCAAGACCCUGAUUGGUCGCGUGCCGCCCUCAAUGCCGGCCAUAUUAAAAGGCUACAUAAGGCAUCCUGUCAUCGGCCACGUAUUUCCCGGUCUGAUUAAAUGCAGGGACGACAACGUGUGCACCGAAGGGCUGAUGUACCAUGAAUUAGACUACAAAGAAAUGAGAGUGCUCGAUUGGUUUGAAGAUGUCGAAUACACGCGAACAAAUAUCGAGGUUCAACUCGUUGGCGAUGACAGCUUGAAUAUCGAAACCACACAAGUGUACGUUUGGACCAACCCUGGAUCAGAUCUAGAUGUAGCGAAAUCAUGGGUCUAUCGAGAGUUUAGGGAAAAUAGGUUGGAUUGGUAUUUGAAAAAUACGGUAAAGCCCUGUCGUCACGGCUUGGAUGAACUUAAUUACUAA